GAUACCCACCACCUUUCUUCUGCACUACAAGCACUUCCUGAUCAAGCAGUGAGCCUCUUCUCCUUCCAUUUCUUCACUCCUCUCCCCACCAAGCUUGCUCAUCACCAUGUCGACCUGUGGCAACUGUGACUGCGCUGACAAGAGCCAGUGCGUGAAGAAAGGAAAUUCUUUUGGUAUCGAUAUCAUCGAGACGGAGAAGAGUUACUUCGAUGAAGUCAUGGAGGUGCCGGCGGCCGAGAACGGCUGCAAGUGCGGUGCAGGCUCCGCCUGCAAGUGCGUGAACUGCUCCUGUGGUGCCCAUUAAACCUGCUUAUCAUCGUGAGCAGCAGAAGAUACGUGGUGGCAGUUUGCAUGUAGGCAUGUGUAUGUGCUUAUGUAUGUGGAGCGUGUGCAUGUAUGUUUCUUCAUGCAUGGCAUGCUUAUGUGAUGUCUAGAUAUGUUAUGGUAGAUGGAGAUGCACCAUGAACGCUGCUGCCCGUAUUAGUCCAGUCGGUCCUUCCUGUGUCUACCUCUCUCUUGUUGCACUUGGACUUGUGCUUUAAUAAAUUUCCUCUAUUUUAAAGUA